AUGGAAAAAGUUGAACGAGACACCCCAGAAAUAGUAGUGUUAAACUCAGGCCACAAAAUGCCAGUGGUGGGCUUAGGAUGUGCCGCACAUCCUUCGCCACCAUUCGACCAAUUAGUAUCAACUUUUAAUGAUGCAAUGGAAAUUGGGUACAGGCAGUUUGAUACAGCAGCUUGUUAUGGCACCGAGGUAGCUUUUGGCAAAGCUGUGGCUAAAGCAUUGGAGAUUGGAUUAAUUAAGAGCAGGGAUGAAUUGUUGUCACUUGUAAAUGUUAUUGAUGCUGAUCGUUUCGCACAAUUCUCCAUGAUAUCAACUGCCAUUGAUUCUUGUUUACUUGUCUCGAAGCUAAAACAUGGUAGUAAUUGA